UACACCAAUGCCACCUCCAUCCCCCGUCUCCACUCACAUCACAUCUUGAAAAAAAGUUCCGAUGAAAUACCUCAUUCGUUGAAUUUCGUCCGCAACGAUCGAAAGAUUACGGCGAAUGCAGCAGAUGCAGCAGACAGACAGACAGAUGCAGCAAAAAGCAGUAAAGCAGUGAAGCAGUAG